AUGCGUCAUGUCGAUGAGGGAUACUCUCUGGAUAUGUGGUGGGAGUUGGAUUCUGUCCCCUCCCAUCUGAACAUCCCCCUCUGCCCUAAAUCAGCCAGGAAGCGAUCCAUCUCUUCAGCUUCCGACCGCGUCUUCAAGCUACUAUCCGAGGAUCCAGCCAACUACCGCGACGCCCCGACCGAGGCCAUCCGCCGCGCGUUAGAAGCGAUCGAAGGGCGCGCGAUCCCCCGAUCCGAGAACCUCGACGGCUCGCGCAUCGCCUCGUGCCGCAUUGGCACCACCAUCGCCACCAAUGCCCUGCUGCAAGGCAAAGGCGAGCGCUUCGCCUUCGUCACCACGCAGGGCUUCAAGGACGUCUGCGCGAGGCCCCUGCACGACACGGCGGUGGAGGUCAACAAACGCGUCACCGUCGAGGACUACGAUCUCAACCCGUUUCCCAUGGAUAAGACCGCCGAGCUGACCGAUCCGGCACUGGUCCGGACGACCAGCGGUGAGAUCAUCCGCAUCCUGCAGGAGUUGGACCUCGAGGCGGUGCGCGAGACGCUUCUUGGGCUGCAGGCAGAGGCAUACACGUCGCUCGCGAUCGCGUUCAUGCAUUCCUACCUCUUCCCCGACCAUGAGACUCAGGUUGCGGCGCUGGCUCGCGAGCUUGGGUUCCGAUAUGUCACCACGUCUGCGGAGGUCAGCCCCGUCGUGAAGUAUCUCCGGCGCAGCAAUUCGGUCUGCUCGGAGGCGUUCCUGGGCAAUGAAGCCCUCCUCAGUGGUCCGGCGGGGGGUGUUGUCGGGGUGGCGAAGACCUGCUUCGAUCCGAACGAGGGCACGCCGGUCAUCGGCUUCGACAUGGGAGGCACCAGCACGGACGUCUCGCGGUACGAUGGCACAUACGACUACCUGAGCGAGACAACGAUCGCAGGACGCAUCAUCACCACUCCGAUGCUGAAUAUUGCCACGGUUGCCGCAGGCGGCGGCUCGAUCCUGUUUGCCCGCAAUGGGCUCUUCGUCGUCGGGCCGGACAGUGCUGGCGCGCAUCCGGGCCCUGCUUGCGAUCGAAAAGGAGGGCCUCUCACGGUCACGGACGCGAAUCUCUUCCUGGGCAGACUGGUUUUGUCCUCGUUUCCCUCGAUAUUUGGGCCAAAUGCGGACCAGCCUCUGGGUUAUGCGGCGACGGUGAGGAAGUUCCAGGAGAUCACGCAGGAGAUCAACACCCAGACAGGCCAGAAUCUCACCCCUGAAGAGGCGGCCCUAGGCUUCAUCAACAUCGCCAACGAGACCAUGAGCCGUCCGAUCCGCAACGCUACCGAGGCGCGUGGCUUCCAUCCCGAGCGCCAUAACCUGGUCAGCUUCGGGGGAGCGGGUGGCCAGCAUGCCUGUUCCAUUGCGAACCGACUCGGAAUCAAGCGCAUUCUCAUCCACAAGUACUCGUCCAUCCUGUCGGCAGUCGGGAUCUCCGGGACAGACUUGCAGGUGCAUCCCCCGAGUCCAUCCACUUCGAAAAACGAGUCCUUGAGCCUGCGCUAUCAAGGAACGGAUACCAACCUGGUCAUCCCCAAGCCCGCCGGCGAGGACUACGGCGCUGCAUUCCGAGACACGCACACGCGCGAGUUUGCCUUUGCACUGGACCGGCCGGUGAUCGUGGAUUCCAUCCAAGUGCGAGGCAGUGGCAGCAGCGGAUCAGAUGUGUCCUCCUCCCCAUUCACAUUCCUCGACCAUGUCAAAGCCAAAGCAGUGCAUGCCGUUCCCCAAUCCUCCCAGUCCGUCUUCGUCGAGACCUCGUGGCAGGACAUCCCCGUCUACCACCUCGCCUGGAUCCCCCAGUCCAUCGUCCACGGCCCCUCCCUCAUCAUCGACGCCACGCAGACCAUCUUCCUCUCCAUCGUCGCCCACCGCUUCAUGGCCAUCGCCGAGCCAAUGGGCAACAUGCUGCAACGCACCUCUAUCUCCACCAGCAUCAAAGAGCGCCUGGACGUCUCCUGCGCCAUCUUCUCUCCCGACGGCAAACUGGUGGCCAACGCCCCGCACAUCCCCAUCCACCUAGGCAGCAUGCAAUUCGCCAUCCAACACCAGCACCGUCCAUGGCACUCGAUCCUCGAGCCCGGCGACGUCCCCCAACCCAAAUCCUCCCUCUCCUUCUACGUCGCCGCCCGCGACCACCACACCGACAUUGGCGGCAAAGGCAUCACGGCAAUGAUUCCCGACUCCACCCACCUCUGGGAAGAAGGCCUUAGCAUCACAUCCCUCACAAUCGUCUCCCGGGGGAUCUUCCUCGAAGGCACCAUCCGAUCCGCCUUCCUAUCCGUGGAAAGGGGGGGGUGGGGCGGUCAUGGCGGUGGAGGGCAGGGUGAGGUUGAGGUUUAG